GAGAGUUGCUCGUCAGACCAGUUUUCAGCCAGUGUUUGUGUGCAAAUUUACAUAUUUGGGGAAGCUCUCGUAGCUAGAAGUUAAAACUCAAGAAACUGGAUUGGGUUCUGAGAAAGGUGUAAGAGGCUAUUGUUUCAUGUAACAGAUCUUAUCACAGAAAUGUGGGAUUGAUCUGAACACAUCUCACGGGAGCCUAAGAUAAUGUUGAAUGUGUUUGAGCUCAUUGCUUGAAGGAUAAGACAGCUCUCCACAGGGUUUAUGAAAUUUACAUCCAAGACAUGACCACCUAGUUUUGAGUUGCUGCCAUUUCAGUUCCAGACAUUUCAUUUCUCUCUGCCUACCAGAUCUGCUGUGAGGCUUCAGCAUCUGGACCAUGUUCUCCUCUGCUGUCCUGUACAAAAACCAGCAUUACAGUGACCUGAAGAGGGACUGUAUCAAGGACAAGACACUGUUUGAGGAUCCAGAGUUCCCAGCCACCAAUGCAUCGCUGUAUUUUAGGAAACCACUUCCUGGUACAGUAAAGUGGAAAAGACCAGGGGAGAUGGGCAAUGAUCCCCAUCUGUUUGUGAAGGGCAUCAGCUCCCAUGACCUGAACCAGGGACUCGUGGGGAACUGCUGGUUUGUUGCCGCCUGCUCCUGUCUGGCUUUGAAGCCAAACCUCUGGAAGAAGGUAAUUCCUGACCAUAAGGAGCAGGAGUGGGAUCCAAAACACCCGGAGAACUACGCUGGAAUCUUCCACUUUCAGUUCUGGGUGUUUGGAGAGUGGGUGGAUGUGGUGGUGGACGACCGCCUGCCUACAAUCAACGGAGAACUCAUCUACUGCCACUCGAAAGACAAGAACGAAUUCUGGAGUGCUCUGCUGGAGAAGGCCUACGCCAAGCUCUUUGGCUGCUAUGAGUCCCUGGAGGGGGGAAACACCGGAGACGCUGUGGUGGAUUUCAGUGGAGCUGUUGCUGAAGCCAUCAACCUGGAGACAGAAGCAUACUAUAAGGACCAGAAAAAACAAGACCAGCUGUUUGAGGAUAUACUAAAGGUCUACAACCAUGGAGGAAUCAUAAGCUGCUCCAUUAAGGCACAGCCACAUGAAAUUGAGUUCAGGAUGGCAAAUGGACUGGUGAAAGGCCAUGCAUACUCAGUAACUGCAGUGAAGAAUGUACGUUUGGGUCGCGGGCUGCUGGCCUACUUCAAGAAUGAAACCAUUCGUCUGAUCCGCAUGAGGAACCCCUGGGGCAAGACUGAGUGGAAUGGAGCCUGGAGUGACAGCUCUGAAGAAUGGUCAAAGGUUGGUGAUAUGGAGAGGGGCAACCUUGGCAUCACAGUAGAGGAUGAUGGGGAGUUCUGGAUGUCAUUCACAGACUGGUGCAAGUUCUUCACAGAUGCAGAUGUUUGCCGUCUCAUCAACACUUCGCUGAUCAGUACCCAAAAGGCAUGGCAUGAGGUUGUGCACUUUGGGAGCUGGACAAAACACGCAGAGCCGCUGUUAAACCGCUGCGGUGGCUGUGCUAACCACAAGCCGACAUUCCUGCAGAACCCACAGUACUUGUUUGAUGUUACAAAGGAGGUCAGUGAGGUCCUAAUCUCCUUGCAACAAAAAGACAUGAAGAUCAACAGAAAAGUUGGUCAAGGAGAAAAUCUAUCCAUUGGCUUCAGUGUCUUCAAGGUGGAACUGAACAGGAAGUAUCGGAUGCAUGACAUCCUGACCCAACAGUGUGUGGCAACAUCCACCUACAUCAAUGCUCGGACAGUGUUUAUGAGAUGCAUGCUCCCACAGGGCCGCUACGUCAUCAUUCCCACCACCUUCAAGCCUCAGACGCUGGGGGAUUACAUGAUCAGAGUUUUCACUGAUGUGGACUCACACUGCAGGGAGUUGACAGAGGAUAAGCCAAGGGUAAGAUGCUGGAGUUCAUUCCUUGGAUACCCACAAGCUGUGACUCACAUCUAUGUGCACGGAGCUGAAGGGCUGCAGAACCAGGACAGUACAGGAGGUGCAGACCCCUAUGUGAUCAUAUCCUGUGAUGGCCAGUCAGUAAAAUCCCCCAUCAAGAAGGACACCUUGCAACCCGAGUUUACAACUAGCGGCAUUUUCUACAGGAAGAAUCCCAGAAAGCCCAUAACUGUGGAGGUGUGGAACAGUAAGCCAGUGAAGGACGAUUUUAUGGGCCAAGUGGUGUUGUCCGGGUCGGUGAAGGACACCUCUCUCCCUCAGAAGCUUCAGCUGAGGAAGCAAGGACGGCAGAUGGCGGAUGAGAUGCUCGGUAGCAUCAGUCUGAGGAUCGUCACUUCUACUCAGCUGACCGCCAUGUGAUCUCAUCAGUGACCUGAUAGAGGGCUAGAUCUUUUUCAGUGCUGAACUAUGUGGUGAACAUCUUCACUCGACAUGUGCCAUCAUCAAAGCACCAAUACGAGUAAUGGAUCGACAUGUUUUCUACAAAUUUUACACUAUUAAUUGAACGUUAGUGAUUUUUUUUCAAAGUUGAGAGGUGAGCAGGGCACUACUGGACAGACUGAAUGUCAAUUCCUGUUAUUUUUGUCCAAAUGAUAAAUCUUGUUUUGAAUUAUCUUUUACAUUUACUUUUUUAAAAUCAUUUUUGUGUAACUUAUAAAAUAUUUUUAUAUUGACGUUUUACAAGUUACUUGUAAAGAUAUCAUUCCUUUUUUGGAUGUUAACUAUAGAUACUGUGACUGAUAUGGCAGUAAUUUGUCAAUCAAGUCUUAACUUACAAUAGUUAUAAUUUUGUCCUCUAUAGUCACUUUUAUACAGAAAAACUUGUACAACAUAUAAUUCAUGUACCAUCUAUUUUUAAUGCAUCUUCUGUUCUUCCUCUCUUCUAUCAGUUCAUAUCAUCAUGUUUUAUUCUCAUGAUUAUUAAGAAAAUGCAAAACCCUGAAUGGCAUAAAGAAUUAAAAGAAAUUCAACCUAAAAAUCAA